AUGAGUAAAAAACAAAAGAAAGUUAAAGUUGAGGAAAAUAUCUCACUUGGACCACAAGUUCGAGAAGGAGAACUUGUAUUUGGAGUGGCACAUAUAUUUGCUUCAUUUAACGAUACAUUUGUUCAUGUAACUGAUUUAUCCGGAAAAGAAACUAUCGUUCGUGUUACCGGUGGCAUGAAAGUGAAAGCGGACCGUGAUGAAUCAUCACCAUAUGCAGCUAUGUUGGCUGCUCAAGAUGUAGCAGUGAAAUGUAAAGAAUUGGGGAUUUCAGCUUUACAUAUUAAAUUACGUGCUACGGGUGGUAAUGGUACAAAAACUCCUGGUCCUGGAGCUCAAUCUGCUUUAAGAGCUUUAGCAAGAGCUGGUAUGAGAAUUGGUAGAAUUGAAGACGUCACACCCAUUCCUACUGAUAGCACUCGAAGAAAGGGUGGUCGUAGAGGUAGACGUUUGUAA